AUGUCAAAUGGUACAACAACAGACAAUGAAGUAGAAUUUGGCAAUUCUUGGAAAACUGACCCUGACUGUGAAGAUGCAACAUUUGUUGAUCAUCCUUGUACAACAAAUCCUGACAGAAAUGCAACUGCAAGAGCCAACUGUUCAGCUCUACGCGAUUCUCCAUUUGAUAAAUGCUCAAGUUAUAUCAACCCAGACUCAGAGGGUUAUAUUAGCGAUUGUGAAUACGAUGUUUGUGCUUGUGAUGAUCAUCCAACUGUUUGUUUAUGUCAAGCAAUAGAGGCGUAUGUAGAUGACUGUGCCUCGUAUGGAGUGAAUAUUACCUGGUUGAGUUAUCCUCAAUAUCAGCAAUGUACUACUCCUUGUGCUAGUGAUCCUUGUUUCAAUGGUGGUACUUGUACAAAUAUUCAUAGUAACUUUUCGUGUUCAUGUCCUGUCGGGUUUACUGGUCACCGCUGUGAAAUGAAAGUUGAUGAUUGUGAUGAUCUAUCUUGUGGUAAAAAUGAAGUUUGUGUCAGAGUUGGAGAUACGUUUGAUUGCGUUUGUCAUCAAGAUUACACAGGAGAUGAUUGUAAAGAAAAAGUCGAAGCGACAUGUGUAACUUAUGGAGAUCCUCAUUAUAGAACGUUCGAUGGAAAACGUUUUGACUUUAUGGGUAAAUGCGAAUAUGUUCUGGCUAAAGACAGAGUAAACAACACAUUUGAAAUAAGACAAGAAAAUGAACCUUGUGGAAAUGGACUAGUAACAUGUACGAAAUCAAUAACAGUCAUCUUCCCGGGUUUAACUAUCAAACUUCAGAGAGGAAUGACUAAUGUGAAUGGUGGAGAGAUCAGCUCGUCGACAAACUACGGGGCUGUAAACGUUACAAUUCAUGGCAAUGGUAGGACCGUCGUGACAAGUGAUUAUGGUGUAACUGUGUUUUGGAACAAUGUUUAUAAUGUUCGAGUAACAAUCGGAGGUCGAUACGUGAACAGGACAUCAGGUUUAUGUGGUACUUAUAACAAAAUGAAAUAUGAUGAUUUCUGGACACCUUACGGUACCAUCGUAGGUGAUCCAGUCGAGUUUGGAAAUUCUUGGAAAGUCGAUCCUACAUGUGAAAAUGCAACUACAGUGGACCACCCAUGUGACGCCAAUUUAGAGAGAAGAUUGAUAGCACGAGAGAAUUGUUCAGCAUUACUCAAGCCACCCUUCAGUAAUUGUUCCAGUUAUAUCAAUGCAACUGAAGAAGGAUAUAUUGCAGAUUGUGAAUAUGAUAUGUGUGCUUGUGAAGAUGAUUCUGUUGCUUGUUAUUGUCAAGCGCUUCAAACGUAUGCUGAUGAUUGCUCUUCUGAUGUCAAAAUAACGUGGAUGAAUUUAGAACAAUUUGCCAUUUGCAACGCGCCGUGCGCCAGUGCUCCAUGUUAUAAUGGCGGAACCUGUACAGACAUUGAUUCUUCGUCAUUUGAAUGUAGAUGUCCUGCCGGAUAUAUUGGUGCCCGAUGUGAGAACAAAGAUCUUUGCCAAAUACCAUAUUUAUUCUUGUCAACAUCAUCGGGAACGGUCUCUUAUAAUACAGAAAACUCCACAAGUAUCCCAAUGAAGGUUGACGAUAGAGUAAACGCCUUAUUGUCAUAUGAUGCUAUCAACAGACGUUAUUCACUGUCGAUGGAAGAAACAAUUUUGUAUUACUACCAUGAACUGCAUAGUAGAAUAUAUGUGUACAAUAUUACUAGUGGCCAAUCGCAAGGGACUGAAGUUGAUGCUCUCAAAGAUAUAUCUAGUGUAAAAGAUCUGGAAAUGGACACAACAAAUGGUUACCUCUACAUAGCAAGAGCAGGUGAUCCUCCAAUCGUACGUUAUAACCCAGGAGAUAACACAAUAAUGGAGUUCAAUUUUGAUGGUUCAGCGCAGUCAAUUUCUGUGGAUGAGUACAAUAACGUCAUUUACUGGGCAAACUAUGAUGGAAUCAAUCACAAUGUUAUGAAAACUAGUCUCAAUAAGCAAACAAUUGGUUUAAACAUUAGUUAUCCUGGGGCGGUUGAAUUGACGUCUGAUGUUCUAAAUUUGUAUGUCUUGGACACCAGCAACAACCGUAUCGAUAAGUACUUGAAGACAUCGUCCGAAAAACAAGGAAAUUUUACCUACCAUGUUACGAUAAAUGACUUGAUAAUUGCAUAUGGCUCACAGAAAGAACUUAUAAAGAUUCAUUGA